UACUGUUUCCUUCUCAGUUUGCUUCCUAAUUUCGUUUAGUUUCGUUUCAGUUUCAUCCUCAGUUUGUUUUAAGAGUCUCAUAAAGCACGCUUUUCUUUUCUCACUUUUCUUUUAUAAAAAGAAUUAAAUAUGGUACUUACUUCAGAAGAAUAUGAAGAUUUUAAAGAAAUGUCAGGAUUUAAAAGCAAUAAGGUAGAAAUGAAAAAUGAUCAUAAAAGUUCCAAAUCAAUUAAUUCAAGCACAGAAAUUUCAAGUGUGUCUUCUUUUACUCAUUAUUCUAAACAAGAUAUUACACACACCAAUAUCAGGAAUAUAGUAUCAGAUAAAUUGAGCUGCAGACUUUAUGCUGUAAUUCAGGCACUGAAAAGUUUUGAUAAGCAAAAAAAUGGGAAAAUACUACCUGGAAACUUGCAUAAUGUUUUAAAUAUAUUUUGUCAUCCAUUAUCUGAAAAAGAAUUUAGUCAACUAUUAAGAAAGGAUGAGUUGGAUGAAAAUGGUUUCAUUAAUUAUAAAUCUUUCUUAAUAAGGCUCACAAAUAAGAUAGAAGAAAUAAAUAAUGCUUUUGAAGAUAAAGAAAAUGAUUUUAACAAGAUGGAAUUAAAUGUUGAAGAACUUGAAGUAAAAAUGAAGCAAAAGAUCAGCAAAAACUUAAAGAACUUUAUUCGUUCCAUGUGGUUGUAUGAUUUUAAUCAAGAUGGUUUGAUACAAAAACAUGAAUUCCGGAAUGUAUUAGAGAAUUAUUGCUUUCAUUUGACUGAUGAUCAAUUCAAUAGAUUAUGGCAUUUAUAUGACCCAGUUGGUAGAGGAGUUCUGAAUUAUAAAGACUUUUUAUUGAAAUUAGGGACACGAUCUGAAUCUUAUAAAAGACUUGUGCCAAGAAGCACACAAAUUAAACUCCAUACCUGCACACCAUCAUUUAAUGUUGCUUAUUCUAGAGAAGAACAGGUUAUGAAAAGAUGUGCAAAACUAGGUAGAGAUGAUCCAAAUGUUCAAGGCCAAGUUUUCAACAAUAUAAAAGAAACUUUCAGGAAAAAGAUAGAAAAGGCUUUCCCAGUUUUACUACGUACUUUUCAAAUUAAAGAUGUUAGUUCUAGUGGCACUGUUCCUUUGUCAGUUUUCCAUCAAGUAUUGAAUUAUUUUGUUAUGCCGAUGUCAUCUCAACUUUUCAAACAAAUUUUAAUGAGCUUUAAUAUUUCACCAACUACUAACAGAAUUCGAUGGUAUGACUUUUUAAAAAGUGUAUGCACUAGUGAUGGUGCUGAGUGCCAAAGCCAAAUUUCACAUGCUUCAGGGUCCUAUACUUGGCAUGUUUGCAAAUCCAUUUUUGAAAAACUCAAGCAAAAUAUAAAAGAACCUGACAAUUUUUUUGAAAAAUCUUUUACAAUGCAGUCACAAGCAAAGAAUACGAAGGUUAUCACUAGAUCAGAAUUCAGAAGAACAAUCAAUUUAUAUCUAACAUUCCCUGUGAGUGAAGAAGAAUUCCGUGCUCUUAUGUUUGUACUUGAUCCUGCACAUUCCAAUGUUAUAGAUUGUGAAAAGUUUUUAUCCAUGCUUAAUACUGCUUUGACUGAAACAAGUAAAGGGACCACAAAACAUGAAAGUGAAGAAAUGCAGCUGGAAAAUCCUAAUGCUUAUCUAUCAAGAGAAAAGUUAAAAAAAGAAUUUAAGAAGUAUUUCAACAAAAACUUAAAGAAUAUUGAAAAGGCCAUAAAUGCUUUUGAUGCUGAAGAAACAGGUGUCAUGCAUCUUGAUGAUCUGAAGAAGAUUUUAGAUAGCUUCUGCUUUUCUUUAAGUGAUUCUCAAUUCCAUGAAUUAUUGCAGAAUUUUCCAAAGUACUGUAACAAAAUUUUCUAUAGUGAUCUCAUAAAAUGUUAUAAGAAGAGUCCAUACGAAGAUGAAGAAAAGUGGGCAUUAUGUGUGAAAAAAUUAACUGAUGCUCAGGAUUCAGUUGUAAAGAAAAUGAAUAAUCAAGAAUUAUUGAAGAAUGUUAAGGAAGCAGUGAAAGCUCAGAAGGAAUAUUUUCUUGAAGAAUUUAAGAAUUAUGAUUACUGCAAUGCUGGAAUUGCAAGAAAAGAAGUUUUAACAAAAUUACUAAAUAAGUAUGUUUUCAGGAUGACUGAAGAACAGAUUAACAUGCUGUGGAAUUCACUACCUCUCAAUGAGAUUGGGCUAUUGAAAUAUGAAAUAUUUUUAAAUGAUUUUAUUCAAGAUUAUAGUAAUCAUUCUGAAAGUGAUAAAGCAAGUGUUGUAUCUCAUUUAAAUAUACAUUCUUCCUCACAGUCAUCAAGAAAAUCAUUUAAUUCAGCUAAUUCUUUGAAGGAAAGGCCUAAAACAGCUAGUUCCAUUUCAACUGCCAGCAUCCGUUCUUAUAAAUCAACUGUCAGGCCUAAAUCUGCAUUUACAAAACAUUCAUGGGAACAACAAAGUCUCUUGGACAAUGAAUCAAAUAGAGGAAAAAGUGAAUCCAAUUUAACUAUUCAAGGUCAGGGCUGCAGUGUUUUAACAAAUGAGCAGUACAAACAGUUUAGAUCACUCAAUGUUGGCAAUGUUACAGUUCAUUCAUUAUCAAGUGCCAACUCUAAUAAGCUGAAAAGACAUGAAAAUGGAAAUAUGAAGAAAAAUGAUUCAACAAAAGCAGGAUAUAGCUGUCAAGAUAUCAAACAGUUUGUAGAUUCUAUUAAAGCAAGAUGGAAAGAUAUUUUAAGACGUUGUAAGGCAAAAGACCCUGAUAACAUCAAUACUAUACCAUGGGAUGACUUUAUAAAUAUUUUACCAAAAACGGGUGUUGCUAUAAAUGAUCAAGUGCUGCAAUUGUUAGACAUGGAAUAUAAUAUCAGAAAAAAUAUCCCAGUCAAUUAUUGGAUAUUUUUGAAAAAAACUGUUUUGACAUUGGAUUCAUCUGGAACAAAUUCAAGAAAAACAAUUCAUUACUCCAAGGCUGCAUCAAAAGGCGAAGCUGUUGGCUUGUAUAAAGUGCUUUUGUCAAACAGAGAGAAAAUUUUGAAAAACUACAGGGAUUUGUGGUAUGCUUUCCGCAAAGCAGAUAGAGAACAUUCGGGUAGUAUUAAAAUUUCUGAAUUUCGCAGAAUUCUUGCUCUUUGCAAAAUACAUCUAUCAGAAGAUGCCUUCUUUUAUAUUUGUGAUUAUUUUGAUCCAAAACUUACAGAAAAGAUACAUUAUGAAGAAUUUUUAGAAGCUUUUAAGCAAAAAGUAACACACUGAAAAUGCAGUCAUUUUAUACCAGGAUUAAUGCAUUUAUUUCAUUAUUAAGUACCAUAUAUGAUAAAAAUUUACACUUUAAUUUUUUUAGCUAAUA